ACCAGCACGGCUCUCCUCUUCCUCAUCCAGCGUCGCGCUCACCCGCCGCAUCGCCGCAUCGCCGCCGCCAUGCAGGGCUUCAACAUGGGCCGGUACGUGCCCCCCGACCUGGAGGGCACGACCACGGGCAACCGCCUGCACGGCAAGAAGCAGCGCCGUCCCCCGUCGACAACAUCGACAUCGUCGUCGGCACCCGCGCCCACGGUCCGCUUCGAGAUGCCCUUCGCCGUCUGGUGCGCCUCGUGCCCCAAGCCGACCCUCAUCGGCCAGGGCGUGCGCUUCAACGCCCAGAAGCGCCGCGCCGGCGCCUACCUCUCCACGCCCGUCUGGUCCUUUCGCUUCCGCCACGCCGACUGCGGCGGCGCCAUCGAGAUUCGCACCGACCCCCAGAACACGGCCUACGUCGUCGUCGAGGGCGGCAUGCGGCGCGACACGGGUGAGGACCGGCAGCGUCUCCGCGACGGCGACGAUGGCGACCUCGUCGUUCUCCUCCCCCCCUCCUCUGCCGCCGCCCAGGAGCAGGAAGAGCAGGCACGCCGCCGCCGCACCGCCUUCGCCAAGCUCGAGCGCACCAUCGAGGACCGCGAGCAGCUCCGCCACGCGGGCGAGCGCAUCGCCGGCCUGCUCGAGGACUCGGCCCGCCGCUGGGACGACCCCUACGCGCAGAACCAGCGCCUGCGCAGGGCGUUUCGCGCAAGGAGGAAGCAGCGCGAGGCCCGGGCCGCCGACGACGACGCCCUGCGCGACCGCAUGGGCCUGGCCAUCGACCUCCUCCCGGAGACCGACGACGACGCCCGCCGCGCCGCGCUCGUCGACUUUGGGGUUCCCGACGUGGGUGACGGCGACGGUUCCGCGGCGAUGGCGAAGCCGCUCUUUGCCGCCGCCGCCAACAACAACAAGAACAUAAACAACAACUCGCCCUCGUCGUCGUCGGCUACUGCUGCAGCUGCAGCGGCUUCGUCCCCGUCAUCGUCGUCGACAGCCGCCGCCGUCGUUUCCGCCACGCGCCGCUCGACGACGACGACGACGAGAAAGCCCCUCAAGGCGGACGCAAAGGCGGCCAGGGACAGGGACGCGCUCCUCUCGACCCUCGUCACCAACACGCGCGCCGCAAAGGACCCCUUCCUCCAGACGACGUCGACCCGGGACGCAAAGCCGCUGCCGCCGCCGAGGCUCCCUGUCAAGAGAAAGCGUGUGGUGGAGCCCGAGUCCGAGGCCGUGCCCGAACCGCCACCGACUGACGCCGCGCAGUCGACGACGAAAGCCGCCAGCGGGCUGGUGGAUUACGACUCCGACUAAGUAUUGCUUUUUUGUUUUGGAGUUUUUUGGGUGGGCGUUGGUGGGAUCUUUCAACGGUUGCAUCAGAUAGCGUUUGGGGACCCGGAUCACGGAUUACAUGGCACAGGAGCCCUGCCUCAGGACAUUAGAUGAUACCCUCCCCUCGCGGGACCUUUCUUGUACGAGAACACGGC